AUGGCAGACCCAAUGUCGAAUCUCUCGCCGGAGAAGGUCAACGCUAAUGCGCACUCAAAUACAUUGGACGAUGACUUCGACAUAACCUUCAAUGAGCCGCCUUCGUCACCCUUCGUGGAAAACGUUGAGCAAGAUAACCAAGAGAACAUUGCACCAAAUGCUGCGCGUACGCCUGUGAAGCCACUGCUUGACUUUGAAGACGAUGUCCCGCAGUCUGCAUUCAGGGUGUCUCCCGAGAAGAGGCUCGGACUAAAAGAGCGCACAAGUCCUGCAAAAAUGUCGCCAGUCAAAAAUCUUAUGGACGACUUCGAAGACGCCGCGAUGGAGGCCAGUACUAGAAGCCAUAACAGUCCACAGAAAUCUUCUCCCACCAAGGGCCCCUCAAACGAGCCAUCAGAGCCUGCUUCAAACAGCCAGUCGCGCGAGAACAUGUCGCCGUCCAAAGACGUCCACACAGCGUCUUUCGACCAUAGACAGAAUUUUACUCCCCUUGGGAACACGGUAUCACAAAAAUUGCAUGCAUCAUCAUCAUCAUCGCCAAGCCGCCCCACAUCGUCUCAUCAAGGCUCAGCGCUGCGCGACAACGAGGGUCUCACGAUUGCUAUGAAGCACAUGGAAGAUCACGAAGGCCCUACACGACAGGCAACGCAGGAUGACGAUUUUGAGUUGGAUCUGGGUUUGGAUAAUACCGAUUUCAACCCAGAUGGUCCGGACCUGACGUCGGCUGAUGUCGAUGAUACAUGUUUCAGCAACUUCUCUGAAAUGCCCGGUAUCGACAUGACCAAAUUCGCCUUUAUGAAGCAGAGCCCUGCAAAGCGUGACGAGCCAGAUGCAACACCGCGUGCAUCGCGCAAUCAAAUGACACCUUCAACGGUGCGUCGGUCCGACCGUACACCUUCACCCACAUCACGUCGCUCAUAUAAAGAGAAUGAUACGACGAACCUGCUCCUUGACUUCACCGCACAGAUGGAAUCUUUUACGACGUCACGCCGUAAUUCUCCUAGUCGCACACGAACAUCACCUACGAAGUCUACCACAGAGCCAAACCUUCGCUCCUACUACCAGAAUCAACGGUCACCUGCAAAAGCCGGCUCCCAUGUCUCAGCUACUCCCAGCCAAAGCCGCCACAUGCUCAACUUGUUGGACUUCGAGCUACCACCUCCUCCAACACCGCGGUCCAUGCCCACAGUGACCAUUCGUGAAAUGGAAUCCGUCAAGUCACAAUUCUCCUCCCAAAUUUCUUCCUUGACUGCCAGCCUGUCUGGAAAGGAGGCUGAGGUGGAGUCACUGUCUAAAGCCAUUGCGGACGCUGAACGUCGUGUUGGCGAAGCGCUCGAGACCGUCCGCGACGAGCGGUCCGCGCGAGAAUAUGCAGAGGCGCAAAUGAUUGACUGGAAGAAGAAGGGCGAAGAAGUCCAGAAGCUGUUGCAAGAUGUGCAAGCUGAGUUGGCUCGCAACGACAGGAUGGCUGAGAAUCGAUCUUCUGAGCUCGAGACUAAGGGUAUUGAAGCCGAGAGUAAGAAUGUAGACAUGACCACCUUCAUCAACAACGACGAGGGUGAGGAAAACAAGAAGACAUACUCGGAAAUUGAGUGUCAGACUGCUAUUGCAGAGAAGGUCAACGAGGUGGCACGCGAAUUGCACACAGCUUACAAAGCCAAACACGAGAAGAAGAUCAAGGCUCUCAAAGACAACUAUCAAAAGAAGGCAGACGAGCGAUGCAAGGAACUCCGACUCCAAAUCAUCCGUCUUGAGCGUCAAGUCGAGGAAGCAGAAAAGAAGCGCGACAACACCUUCAGCAAGAUCAACCCUGGAGAACUUGAUGCCCGUGCAGAAGACGAAAAGCAAACACUUUCGGGCGGUACAACGAGUGCAGAAGACAAACAAGCCCUCGAAGCCCAACGCGCAGAAAUCGAGAACCUCAAAGCCAAACUUGCCGGCCUUCAGUCUGAACUACGUUCCUUAAGAGAACAAAACGGUACGCUUCUCCAAGAUCUGGAAGCUGAGCGGAUCGAAAAGGGCGAGCUAGUUGCAGCUGCAGAGCAAAUGCUAGCCAUGUGUGGCGAGAAGAUGGAAGAAAUGCAACAAGAUGACUUCCGCAGAUCACAAAUGGGCCCGGCUCCAGCCACCACCGCGUCAAAGCAGAAGCAAGCUCUUCCUGAACAAGCAAUGCGUAACACGGGCUUCCUGGCCGGAGCAUCUAUGACUUCAAGGCCAAGCUCAGCGCUUGGCGGCGGGCGACCUACUAGCGCCAUGGGGGAUCGUCUCGGUGCUAUGGGUGAAAAGGGUCACAGUCACAGUGCAAGUGGGAGUGGCAUUGCGAAGCCCUCUGGACUCCGUGCACCAGGAGGCUUUGGGGCCAAGAAGGCGCCAGGGCCAGAGUUGAGCCGGAGCUCGAGUGGGAGUAAGAGCAGGCUGUUGUCUAACAUUGAGCGAAUGGGUGGGGGGAAGACUCAGGAGUAG